CGACUAUACCAUACUCACGGUUUCCAUCGCCACACACACAAACACAGCGCAAUGGGAAAGAAGAAGAACACGAAUGAAAGUGGCUCCGCUUCCGAGCACAGCUCUAGCACUCUUUUCGUCUCCAGCUUACCUUACUCUUUCACCAAGUCUCAGCUUGAAGAGACUUUUAGUGAUGUCGGUCCAAUCAGGCGCUGCUUUAUGGUUACGCAAAAAGGGUCGACUGAGCACCGUGGAUUUGGUUUCGUUCAAUUUGCGCUUAAGGAUGAUGCUAACCGAGCUAUUGAGAUUAAGAAUGGUUCGUCUGUUGGAGGCCGGAAAAUUGCAGUUAAACAUGCUAUGCACCGUGCGUCAUUAGAACAGCGUCGGGCAAAGGCAGCUCAAGGUCAAGGUCAAGUUCAAGAUGAUGCAACGAAGACCAUCGAUGAGAAGGGCAGUGUUGCCUCUAAGCCAGAAAAGCAUGUUCUGAAUGUGCUGGAAUCAGGGAAACCUCGAGAGCCGAGAAAACCAGCAAAACUUGUCACUGAUCUAACUGAUAAAGAGAAUUGUUCUGAAAAGCAGAGGGUUGCUAGAACUGUGAUAUUUGGUGGCCUUCUUAAUGAUGCUAUGGCAGAAGAUGUUCAUCAGCGAGCCAAAGAGACUGGCACUGUGUGUUCUGUAACUUAUCCCCUUCCCAAGGAAGAGCUGAAAAAACAUGGCCUUGAACAAGAUGGAUGCAGAUCAGGUGCUUCAGCUGUACUUUUCACAAGUGUCAAAGAAGCACGUUCUUCUGUGGCAAUGCUACACCAAAAAGAAAUUAAAGGUGGAAUUGUUUGGGCGCGGCAGCUAGGGGGGGAGGGUUGCAAGACACAGAAAUGGAAACUUAUUAUCAGAAAUCUUCCUUUCAAGGCCAAACCAAAUGAGAUAAAAGGUGUGUUUGAAUCAGCGGGAUGUGUUUGGGAUGUGUUUGUUCCACAUAAUUCUGAAACAGGGUUAUCCAAGGGUUUUGCUUUUGUCAAGUUCACAUGCAAGCAGGAUGCAGAAAAUGCCAUUCAGAAGUUCAAUGGGCAAAAGUUUGGCAAAAGACCCAUAGCUGUUGACUGGGCUGUUCCAAAAAAGAUUUAUAGCAGUGGUGCUAAUGUGUCUGCUGCUUCAGAAGAUGGACAUCAGAAUGAAAAAGACAGUAGCUGUGAGGAUUCAGAUUAUGACGACGAAGAUGACAAUGAUACAGAUGUUAUUGGAAAAAAACAACAGCAUGAUGGGGUUGUUGUUACUUCACCUGACUCGGAUUUAUCUGAAAAAGAAGACAUGCCAACUGAAGUUGAUUUUGAACAGGAAGCAGACAUUGCGAGAAAAGUUCUCAGGAAUUUGAUCGCAUCAUCUUCUGAUGUGUUGCCCAAGGGUAUUGAGGAGUUGGAAACUGUUGAUGUGCCAAGUAAGUUGCCUGGCGAGUCUGAAAAUUUAUCAGGGAGUCCUCUAUCCAGUGGAAAGAGCAAACCAUCUAAUACUAAGCACAUAGAUGGAGAAGAUGAUUUGCAGAGAACUGUUUUUAUUAGCAAUCUUCCUUUUGAUGUUGAAAGUGGAGAAGUGAAACAACGGUUCUCUGCAUUCGGGGAAGUGCUAUCCUUUGUUCCUGUCCUUCAUCAAGUCACCAAGCGACCUAGAGGGACUGGUUUUCUCAAGUUUAAAACAGCAGAUGGGGCUACUGCUGCUGUUUCAGCUGCUAAUGUUGCAUCUGGUCUGGGAAUUUUUUUGAAAGGUAGGCAACUGACAGUCUUGAAGGCUUUGGAUAAGAAAUCAGCGCAUGAUAAGGAAAAAGAGAAGACCAAAAUUGAGGACCGGGACCAUCGCAAUCUUUACUUGGCAAAGGAAGGCCUUAUUCUUGAGGGGACUCCAGCUGCUGAAGGUGUCUCAAUUAGUGAUAUGGCUAAGAGGAACAGGUUGCAGGAAGAGAAGAUGACCAAGCUGAGAUCUCCAAAUUUUCAUGUCUCAAGGACCAGGCUUGUUGUAUACAAUUUACCAAAGUCAAUGACUGAAAAACAACUGAAGAAGCUUUUCAUUGAUGCUGUUACCUCACGUGCCACAAAGCAAAAGCCUGUGAUUCGACAGAUGAAGUUUUUAAAGAAUGUAAAGAAGGGAAAAGUUGUCACAAAGGACCAUUCACGUGGGGUUGCUUUUGUUGAGUUUACGGAGCAUCAGCAUGCACUGGUGGCCCUGAGGGUUCUUAAUAACAAUCCUGAAACUUUUGGUCCUGAACAUCGCCCAAUAGUCUCGUUUGCUCUUGAUAAUGUUCAAACUUUGAAACUACGAAAAGCUAAGCUUCAAGUGCAGCAGCAGGAAACCCAUAAAGAUUUCCAAGAUACGCAGGAAAAUGACGAGUCACAGACUCCAAACGCCAUUCCAAGCCAGAAGGAGAUGUCCAGAAAAAGGAAAUCCAGAGUUGAGAAUAGAGCAGUGAAGGACCCAGAAUCAAAUAGAAUGGAUGAAGUGAAGAAUAAGGAUUCCUAUAGGACGUCCUUGAAAGAACAGACUGCUAAAAAGAAGAAGAGCAAUCCAGGAGCUGAAGACAUACAAACUUCUGCAAAAGACAAGAGAGAAAGCAGGGAACAGAAGGCUAAAGGCUCCCAACACAAGCAAAAGGAUGAAGGCAGAAAGUCCGAUGGUGGAAAUUCAGUUAAUAGCGAAAAAAUAGUUAAACCUUUCAAGGAAGCAGAUUUGUGGCUAACAAAGAGGAAACGUCCUAACCAAACAGAAGAAAACAAGGGCGGUAAGAGUUCAGAGAAAAGAAAAAGGCCCAAGAAGAAUAAAGACCCCGUAGGACAGGACGUGGCUGAUAAACUUGACAUGCUGAUCGAACAAUACAAAUCCAAAUUCUCCAAGCAGACUGCCGACAAACCUGAAGGUGAAAAACAGGCUAAUAAACAACUUAAAAGAUGGUUUCAAUCAUAAUUUCCUGUUAUUGUAGCGUUUAAUUUCGUGGAAGAGUUUCCAAGGCAAUUGAUAUGAAUGCGAUUGCCAGAAAUUUUUGUAGUAGCCUGAAUUUUGUGGUGAACUUGUAAUCUCUACCAUGUGUUGUAGAAAUAUGUGAGUUUGCUGCUCCUUCCUGGAGUAUUACAAGGAAGAUUAAUUACCGGGAAGCAGACAUGCAACGAAAUUCGAGACCUUAAAUUUUGUGUGGGUUCUUCUCUUAUUUCUUUUAUUUUUCCUUCGGGUU